AUGUCUAGGUACCACAAAGCAGCGAUUGACGGAUACUUGGAGCUCUUGAAGGAGGCCACGAGGAAUGACUUGAACGCUGCAGAUGAAGAUGGCAUGACUCCCACAUUACUGGCUGCUUUCCAUGGACAUGUCGAUGCUCUUCAGCUCAUAUGCAGCAGAAAAGGAGACCCCAACAAGAGUGACAUCUGGGGAAACACGCCGCUGCACCACGCCGCGGCUAACGGCCACAUGCACAUCCUCAGCUUCCUGGUCAACUUUGGUGCCAACCUCUUUGCACUGGACAAUGAAUUCCACACGGCUAUGGACAUCGCCGCUUCUCGAGACCGCAUGGACUGCGUGCGGUUCCUUGACGCUGCUGCCUCACAGCAGACCAACCAAAAUCCCAAGAAGGUUGCCAACCUAAAGAAGGAGGCUGUCAAAGACGCGGAGAAGCGUGUGAAACUCUGUGAGAAGGUAAAGAAGAAACACCAGAGCAAGAUGGAUAAAAUGCACCGUGGAGGGUCCUUUUCAGAGGCCAGUGUGGCAUCAGUGCUAUCAGACAGUGGCAACCCUUUCAGUGUCAACGAACAGUUCUCCAAGCUUAUUGCUGCUGAUAAACCUGGCUCCCUUACAGCCACGCUGCGGAAGAAGCUCGGGAAGAAAGAUAAAGGUACGCUGCAGAGACCAGGAGGGGACGGGAACAUUAUCUUCCUCAAACAGGAGAGUGUUGCAUCUGAAAAGCCAGAGUUUCUGGAUGUCUUCAAUGAGCAGGAUGAGAACGUGUCAGACGAAGACGGAACAGCUGGCUUCCAAGAUUAUGACGAUGACGAACCAGGCCACGUCAAGCAGUCCAUCUUCAACCGGCCCGGCCUCGGAGGUCUGAUUUUCAUGAAGAAGAUGGGCCUAGAGUCAGAGGACAUCCCCAGCGGUACCAACGAAAGCCUCGGCUACCUCGUUCAGAACGACUUGUUUGAGGCGGAGGAAGAUGCUGCCGGCUUCGAGGGGAAUGGUGACGCCGAUCUGCCCUGGGAACAGGAGGAUCUGGGACUGGAUGAUGAUGAGGAUGAGGAAACCUCUCCUUUGGAUGCAUUCUUGUCUGCCAUCUCCUUGCCGGAGUUUGCCCUUGCAUUCAGCAGGGAGCACCUCGACCUGGAGGCACUGAUGCUCUGCUCCGAUGAAGACCUGAAAGGGAUUCGCAUCCAGCUUGGACCCAGGAAGAAGAUCCUGGAAGCUGUUGCUCGCAGAAAGAACGCACUAGAGAUCCCCGGCACCAUAAAGGACAGCUGCUUGUGAUCUGAAAAAUACCAUGAACAGUGAUUUACAAUCCUCUUCACACAACAGUUGAGUGCUGGUAUAGAG